UAUUUGUAUUUCUUUUUCCACAGCUUGCUCUGCUCCAAUGGCAGAAAGAAAGAAAACAAUUCACUUUCCUCUCUCUAGAAUCACACUCCACUUUUCUCUCUCUCAUGCUAUGAAAAGCUAAGCUGCAACAAGCUCUGUACCAGUACCACCAUUGCCCUACUUCCCUUCCCCCAUUUCUUCUUACACUCUAAAACCUUUCAUUUCUCUCUCUCUCUCUCUCUCUGUUUUGCAUUUUGGGUAAUUCUUCUUACCCAUCAGUCUUCUUCCUCACAUUGACUUCAUAUUCUUCAACCAAUUCAACCAAUUCCAGAAACCCAUAUCCAAUUUGUCUUUUUAAGUUCUGGGUUCUAAUUCCUUCCCAUUUCCUUCCCCUUCUCUUCAAUGGAGAAGAAACCCAGCUUCUUCUCUGCUCUGAAAGAGGAGGUCAUUCGUGGGUUAUCGCCGUCACGUUCUCGCGCCAAAAGUCCGGCGAGAACUGCUUCCCCUUUCUCCAUUCUGUUGCGUAGAAAGAAGAAUCAGUACGUUGCUCAAGCUGGGAUUCCGCAGCAGUUCAUUGCGCGAUCCGGCAGUUUCCGCCCUGUUGGGGAGGCUCUUACACCCUUGGUGGAGGGUCCUGAUCCGGACGGCGGCGAAAUCGGCGAUUCGAAGAGGAUUAGUUCGGGGUUAGGGCAGUGGAUGAAAGGCCAACUCUCUCGAACUCCGUCUAUUGCUUCUUCCAUGGCGAAUAAGAGGUCUGAUUUGAGGCUUUUGCUUGGCGUUAUGGGUGCUCCUCUUGCUCCUCUGCAUGUUAGCACCUCCGAUCCUCUGCCCCACCUCAGUAUAAAAGAUACUCCCAUUGAAACUUCAUCAGCUCAGUACAUAUUGCAACAAUACACAGCAGCGUCUGGUGGGCAGAAGCUUCAAAACUCCAUCAGAAAUGCAUAUGCAAUGGGGAAGCUUAGGAUGGUGGCUGCUGAGUUUGAAACUGCAACAAAGGUGAUGAAGAGCAGAAAUCCGUCAACCCGAGCUGAGUCCGGUGGCUUUGUGCUCUGGCAGAUGAAUCCAGACAUGUGGUAUGUUGAGCUUGCAGUUGGAGGCAGUAAAGUUCAUGCUGGGUGCAAUGGGAAGCUCGUUUGGAGGCAUACACCUUGGCUUGGUGCUCACACUGCGAAAGGGCCGGUUCGACCUCUGCGCCGAGCACUUCAGGGUCUUGAUCCCAGAACAAUAGUGAGGAUGUUUGCUGAUGCAAGAUGCAUAGGAGAGAAAAAAAUCAAUGGUGAGGAUUGCUUCAUCCUUAAGCUCUGUGCUGAUCCUCAGACGUUGAAGUCAAGAAGCGAAGGACCAGCAGAGAUCAUAAGGCAUGUCAUGUUUGGCUACUUCAGCCAGAAAACAGGAUUGCUGGUGUACAUGGAAGAUUCUCAUCUAACCCGCAUUCAAUCCAACGGUGGAGAUGUAGUUUAUUGGGAAACCACAAUCAAUUCGUUCCUCGACGAUUACAGGCCUGUUGAAGGUAUCAUGAUCGCACACUCUGGCCGCUCUGUGGUCACACUCUUCAGGUUUGGCGAAAUGGCCAUGAGUCAUACCAAAACAAAGAUGGAAGAAGCAUGGACAAUCGAAGAGGUUGCCUUCAAUGUCCCCGGCCUAUCAAUGGACUGUUUCAUUCCCCCUGCUGACUUGAGAUCAUGUUCUAUCAGUGAAGCCAGUGAGCUUCCUCAGGAUGAGAGGGCAAAAAGUGCAAUUGCAUUAGCGGCAUACCGAGCUAAAGUUGCUGCACUGGAAAAGCCCGACGAUGACUGUAUGGAUAACAUGACAUGGAAAUCGGAUUUCUAACUGCGAGGGGGAUGCAUUUAGAACAGUUGUUUAUACUCAAAGGUGAUUUCUUAAUUUUAGGAAAGCUUAUAGAGUAGGAAGUUCUAUAGAUAUUUACAAAUCAUGUAAUGCCUCUGUUAAUCUGUAAAUAGAGAUAAAUAUUCUCAGGCUUCAAACAAGCCUGAAUGAAUCUUUAUACUCAGUAGCAGAAUCCAACUAUGGAGUUGGAGCUCGGGUUUCCAGUUAGGGAUGGAGCGAAUGGAGGUCCAUUUUUUUUCGGUUCA